UGAAAUAAACAGUACGAACUGAGCCGGCAUAAAUAUCCGAUGUUUUAGGGUCGAUGAUGGUCUGUGGUCUUUUCUGGCAGCCAUCCCUCAAGAUGCAGGGAUAGCUGGUGUUGCUUGAAUGGAACAUGGCUGCUUGGGAGUAUGAUAAUAAAAAAUUUCUUUGAGUAUUUUACACUUUACGCGACUAUGCAAACUCGUUUUUAGCUUGACAUCCUUCAUUUGUGUGGAGCUCGGCGUGCCAAGAAUAGCGUGUAGAAGAAUGAGAACUUUGAGAACCCGACGUUGGCUAUUAUUCCUUUCUGUAAAAAGUACAUAUCCAUGCAGCCGCCACCACCCGCCACCAACGGACCUGUCAUUGCCGGUUAUUUCACCAACUGGAGUAUCUAUGCUCGCAAUUACAAUGUCAUUGAUGUCGCUGCCAGUGCGCAUAAACUUACACACAUUCUCUAUGCUUUUGCUAAUCUGCAAGAGGACGGCACCGUGGUGCUUGGGGAUGUGUGGGCAGACAAAGACAAGCAUUUUCCUCCAGAACAAACCAUCAAUCAUCAAGCCGACAGUUGGAAUGAGCAAGGAAAUAAUCUCUACGGCAAUUUCAAGCAGUUGUAUUUGUUAAAGCAGAAACACCGCCAUCUCAAAGUAACGCUCAGCAUUGGCGGAUGGACAUGGUCGACCAAUUUCUCGGCAGUGGCUUCCGAUCCACAGAAAAGAGCACGAUUUAUAGAUACCGCCAUUAAACACCUGAAUGAUCUCGGACUCGACGGUCUUGAUAUCGAUUGGGAAUAUCCAAAGGACGACAAAGAUGCGUUUUUCUAUGUUCAUCUUUUGUACGAACUACGAAUAGCACUGGAUCGGUAUCAGCAACGACUACAACAAACAGAUCAACCUCGCCUGUUAUUAACCGUGGCUGUGCCUUGCGGACCAAGCCAUUACCGAACCUUGAGGCUGCAACAAAUGGAGCCGUAUGUGGAUCUAUUUUACCUUAUGGCUUACGAUUUCGCGGGAUCCUGGGACAGUAAAACCGGCCAUCAAUCGGCGCUUUAUGGUGGGUCGUUGAAUGGUCAUCAAGCUGUGAGCGAUUAUCUUGCUGCGGGGAUCCCGCCUCACAAGAUCGUGAUGGGUCUGCCACUGUAUGGACGAGCGUUUUCUAAUACUAGCGGACCGGAUGCUUCUUUCCAAGGAUUGCCCGAGGGGUCUUGGGAACAGGGCAUGUUUGACUACAAAGCACUUCCGAAACCCGGGGCGACAGAAAAUCACGACUGGCAACGGUUGGCUUCUUGGUCUUACGAUCCUCAGGCGCGUGAAUUUGUUACCUAUGAUACACCCGAGAUUGUGCGGGGCAAAUGUGAUUAUAUUAGAAAAGCCAGUUUGGGCGGGGCCAUGUUCUGGGAGUUGAGUGCCGAUCAAGCCCACGACCAUCCCCGCAGUCUACUGAAUUGUGUCUAUGACGCAUUCAACCAUCACUUGGACACCAUGCCAAAUCAUUUAUCCUACCCAGAAAGCCAAUACGAUAAUGUCAAACGAGGUAUGGCUUGAAAAAUAAAAACAUUUUCAUCUUAUCAUACUUGUUAUGUUGACGAUAAAGAAUAAAUAACAAAAAAUAAAGAAUCCA